AUGGAGGUAGAGCCCGUGCCAAUCCCUCCACAUUUCAUUUCCUUGACCGAGGCCUUAAACAAGUUAGGCACCGAUCAAACAUACAAUGUCGUUGGUGUCUGUAUCGACUUCUUCGCUCCCACGCAGACAAGGACAGGCGACUACAUGCUAACUUUCACAUUACAUGAUCCUUGGUGGACAGACAGGAAUGGAAUGAAGUUCCGUUUCUUCAACAAGACUUUAGCCAAACUGCCUAAGAUCCAGCAUCAGGGUGACGUUGUUAUACUGCGUAACAUCAAGACUAUCAAAACCGGAGGGGCGGGCCUUGGGGUUUCAAACGCCUCGAGCAUUUGGCUCGUUCUUCCUUUUGGGCAAGUCCGAGACAUAGUCACUCCGGAAGAUGUUAAGACGAAAGCUCACUGGUCCACAAGUGGCACCGGAAUACCAUUCCCACAAAACACUGCUCCAAAUGUGGCCGAGAUCAAGUAUGCAAGGUACAUUGCUGCAAGCGAAGAUCCCCUGAGCUGGGGUAAUCUGCCUACUACAACUGGCACUCCAAUCCAGACUAACGUGGAGCACGACGGCGGCCAAAUUUCGAAUAUUCCCGGGAAGUUUCGUUUGAUCAAAGAUGUCUUCCCGCACAAGUUUGCUGAUAUCCUCGGAGAAGUUCGCAAAUUUCACUUCAACGAGAAUUACGAAGAAACCCACCUCCAAGUGACCGACUACACUACACACAAGGCUCUUUACAACCGACAGUAUCGCACGGAGACGGCCGGCUUGGAUGGUGACGAGUAUGGGUACAUCAAAGACUCCUCAGAGAAGCAGUGGCCGGGGCCUUGGGGGCAAAUGACGAUGGACAUCAUACUUUGGGCACCUCAUUCAGGUGUAGCCAGAAGGGAAAUCAAGCCGGGUUCUCUAGUAUUUCUUCGUAAUGUUCAUAUAAAAAUGGACAAGAACCAAUCCAAACUCGAAGGAGUUUGUCAUACCGAACAGCACAACUCUGAACGGGUCAAUAUAACAGUGGUCCAGCCAACGAAAGAAGAUCAUCAGAUGAAAGCCCUCAUCUCGCGAAAGCAUCAAUAUGCUCAACAAGCAAAAGCUGAAGGGAAACCGUUCUACUGGUCUCCUCUUGAGAUCGCAAAAAAGAGAAAGGCGGAAGAAGUGAAUGAGCCGGAGGGAGCUCAAAAGAACAAGAAGACGAAGAAUCGAAACCGGAAAAAGAACAAGGCUAGAACCGAGACUAGCAAUGAUGAGGCUCUGACGCUACAGACCGAAAAAAAAAGCGCUAGGGCGCUAAACACCAACGUCCGAUGCAAUGCGUACGAAGUUCCUCGCAAGUCCGUUUCGGAUAUCCUCGACCCAGACAUAUUGCUUCGCAAAUCUCUCCAGGGAAAGCCUUAUCGUCUCCCUUUUCAGAAUUGUAAAUACAAGCUACAUGUGCGUGUGGUGGACUUCUACCCCGAUGAUAUCGCAGACUUUGCUGUCCCUCGGAAUCCUGAUUAUGACCUCUUGUCGGAUGACGAGGACGAGGAGGACUUCUCUAGCAUGGAUCUGACACAGCUAUCCGGAGACAGGCUAGCCUGGGAGUGGCGGUUCGUGCUGUUAGUUGAGGAUGCUCGACAGCCUGCAGGAAUUAAUGGACAGCCCAGCCGAAUGGAAGUGUUGGUUGCCGCGACUGACGGCGACUUUUUGCUGAAUAUGACUGCCUGCAAUUUGCGCGAUAAAGAAAACACCCAACAGCUCGCCACGCUGAAAGAGAAGCUCUUCCAUCUAUGGGGAGAUCUGCAGGAGAGGAAAGAAGAAGAUGGCACCUCGAUUAUGUCGACGCUCAGGCCAAAAGCCAAACCAUUCGAAUGUCUCAUCAAAGAGUAUGGUGUGCCUGUCCGAGGUGUCAAGAACCCCGUGCACGAUGAGUCGGACUAUGACAGGAUGUUUCGCCUUUUUGGGACAACAAUAUGA